GCGGAGCGGGCGGCGCGCGGGCCGGCGCGGGCAGGAUGGUGGACAGCGUGUACCGCACGCGCUCGCUGGGGGUGGCGGCCGAGGGGCUCCCGGACCAGUACGCGGACGGCGAGGCGGCGCGCGUGUGGCAGCUGUACAUCGGGGACACGCGCGACCGCACCGCCGAGUACAAGUCCUGGCUGCUCGGGCUGCUGCGCCAGCACGGCUGCCGGCGCGUGCUCGACGUGGCCUGCGGCACCGGGGUGGACUCCAUUAUGCUGGUGGAGGAGGGCUUCACUGUGACCAGUGUGGAUGCCAGUGACAAGAUGCUGAAGUACGCCCUGAAGGAGCGCUGGAACCGGCGGCAGGAGCCGGCCUUCGACAAGUGGGUCAUCGAAGAAGCCAACUGGAUGACGCUAGACAAAGAUGUGCCCCAGCCAGCAGGAGGGGGCUUCGACGCAGUGAUCUGCCUGGGGAACAGUUUCGCUCAUCUGCCCGACUGCAAAGGUGACCAGAGCGAGCACCGCCAGGCGCUGAGGAACAUCGCGAGCAUGGUGCGGCCGGGGGGCCUGCUGGUCAUCGACCACCGCAACUACGACCACAUCCUCAGCACGGGCAGCGCGCCCCCCGGCAAGAACAUUUACUACAAGAGCGACCUGACCAAGGACAUCACGACCUCAGUGCUGACGGUGAACAACAAGCCCCGCAUGGUGACCCUGGACUACACGGUGCAGGUGCCUGCUGCCGACCCGGACGGCUCUCCUGGCUUUAGUAACUUCCGCCUCUCUUACUACCCGCACUGCCUGGAGUCCUUCACGGAGCUGCUCCGGGCAGCCUUUGGCGACAAGUGCCAGCACAGCGUCCUGGGCGACUUCAAGCCUUACAAGCCAGGCCAGUCCUACGUCCCCUGCUACUUCAUCCACGUGCUCAAGCGGACGGCCUGAGCGCCCACACCCCUGCCCGGGGGCUGCAAGGCUGGGGGGGGGGCAGAGGGUUGUGGCUCUACCCCAAGUCCCGGGGCUAGUGCAGCUGGGGUACCAGGACAUGGG